GCGGGGCGCAACUAGCGGUGAGCGUAAACGGCUGGCAUUGAGCUGAGGGAAGCAGAGCGUCGGCCGCCAACCAUCGACCUUUUAUAUGAUUGGUGUGGAAAUGAUGGGGGUGGUUGCGGCUUCUGUUCUCAGGUUAAACCACAAGGCAAGAGGUCACCAUCAAGAUUUCAUUUUCUCCCAUUCCUCUCUGUUCAUGGCUAUGCUUUCGCCCGCCAUGACCCUUUCUGUGUCUUCCCAUUUUUGAUUUUUCAACUUUCAGUCUGCACAAGAAAAGCAAACCCACUACUUCAGUCAUCAUCAUUCGCAUUUUAUACGUUAUGGGUCUUUCCCCAAACUCCCCGUGCUUUAGCUCUAGGGUUUUUUCUUCUCCUCGACUGCUCACAGCAACGGUUCAGUAUUCCCGUUCCGAUUCACCGCGGUUUGGAGUCGCUUGGCUUGGCCGCUUGGGGGUCACUUAGAUGUGGUGUUCAUGGAAGGAUGUGGUUGAGGAUUUAUUGGUUCGUGGGUCUGUAACGGCGUAAGCGAUGAACUGUAGCUGCUUUCCUGCAUGGAAAUGGCUUGAGGGCAAGAGGGAACGUGAUCAGAAAAAACCAGUAGAAAUUGUUACCAACAAUGUGAAGCUCUUUUCCUGUAAUUCACUGAGAUCAGCAACGAGGGACUUCCAUCCAUCAAGCCGAAUAGGUGGAGGUGGUUUUGGAGUUGUAUAUAGGGGAGCUUUAAAAGAUGGCACUCAAGUGGCCAUCAAGUGUCUUUCUGCAGAAUCUAAACAAGGAACGGAGGAAUUCUUGACUGAGAUUAACAUGAUAUCAAAUAUUCGACAUCCAAAUCUUGUUGAGCUCAUUGGCUGCUGUGUUGAGGGCAAUAACCGGAUAUUGGUAUAUGAAUACCUGGAAAACAACAGCCUUGCUACUGUUUUACUUGGAUCAAAAAGUAAACAUGCUGCUCUGGACUGGCCUAGGAGAGCCGCUAUCUGCAUGGGCACAGCUUCUGGUCUAGCAUUUCUUCAUGAAGAAGCUGAGACACAUAUUGUCCACAGAGAUAUUAAGGCUAGCAAUAUUCUUCUUGAUGGGAACUUUCAUCCUAAAAUUGGAGAUUUUGGGCUGGCGAAACUUUUUCCAGACAAUGUCACUCAUCUUAGCACAAGAGUGGCAGGAACAGUAGGAUAUCUGGCUCCAGAGUAUGCAAUGUUUGGACAGCUUACAAAGAAGGCAGAUGUAUACAGUUUUGGGGUGCUUAUCCUAGAACUAAUCAGUGGCAAUAGUAGCAGUAAGGUGGCAUUUGGUGAGGACAUGCUGGUUCUCGUGGAAUGGGACCUAUCAACGAGGAGGCUGAUUGGAACAGGUGAAGUACGGGAUGGACUUUAUCACUAUAAACCUUUCUCCGCCUCAGUUUUCCAUUCUCAGCGUGUUCCUAACCCUACUCCUUGGCAUCAACGUCUUGAUAUGGAAACUGAGGAAAGAAGAAAGACUUCUGGAAAUUGUUGAUCCAGAGCUGACAGAAUAUCCAGAAGAUGAGGUACUACGAUUCAUAAAAGUUGCACUUUUUUGCACACAAGAAUCAGCAAGCAAAAGACCCUCCAUGAAGCAGGUUGUGGAGAUGCUUUCCAAAAAGGUAAGCCUAAAUGAGAAGGUACUAACAGAGCCAGGGGUGUACAAGGCACAUACCUCGCGGCAUGUGGGUGCUAGUAGCUCACACGAUACAUCUUCUUCCCUGGUGAUGAAAGGGAAGCAGUUGGCUAAUCCUUUUGUUACUUCAACCAAUUUUGACAGCUCUCACAGUGUAACACAGAUGCUUCCCAGGUGAUUCACAGAUCAGUCUCGCAUGUGCUCAUCCUCUUCUUGUAACCUCUUCUUUUUGCCCUUUUCAGAAGCCUGUUAAAUGACCUGCUCUUUUAUGAUGUUCUAAGAACACAGGAACAUUUCAGAGAACAGCAAAUGCAAGCAGAGUGAAGAAAAUGGUCAUGUUUUGUUUACUGCUCUAUGCUGACAUUCUGCCUUGUAUUGCUUUUGACUUCUUUUGUCAACAAAAAAAUUAGGCUGGGAAGACCUUGGUGUGUUUUACCAUGCUCAAUAUCAAAUGGGAAGGAAAGUAGUUGAAGAGCAAAGCGUCUGUUCAUCCUGGGAUGCUCCUCUAGAACAGGUUGGGAGCAAUGGAAUUGUCUAAUUCAUAGAAAUAUAGGGUCUGUUUUGUAUUGUGAUCAUGGUUGGCCAACUGCGGAUACAGUUGCAAUUACCAUUGUGGUUGAUGGAGUUGAUGUUAUGCUUGGAGAUCGUAGUUGCAAAAAGCAUAAUUUGAAACUUAUGUUAAUGGAUUUCUGAAAUUUAAUAAUUUUUUUGCAACCAUCAA